GGAUUGGGACAAUUUGAAUCGUGUUCCUCAUUGAAUUAUUACAUAAGGGGAUGCUUUCAUUAUGGGAAUAAAGGGAGGGGUUAAAUCCCACUCCUGUCACUGGCAUUUCAUAACAACUAAUGCAGCCUUAAUAACACUUUUGGCACCGUGCUCCAUGAUGAAGUAUCUCAGAUCUCUGGCAGCACCAUCAGUCCACUUACUAAUGAAAUUUGUUUAGAGGAAGGGCUCAUGUAAAGGGGUGGUGUUUUCUUCAAGCUAUUUAAACCUCCUACUAACCUGAAGAGCAACAAUUUUCCUGCUUUCUGUUGCGUAACAGGAUAGACUCUCAUCAUAAUAACCAACUAGUCAUACACUCUGAAUUUUUCUGAAGCAUUAUUAGUCUAUUUGGUGGUUACUUUUACAUAUUUAUCCCAGAAGAAUGGACUUUGACUUGCCUCCUUCUCUCCAGGUGAGCAGUAUCCCAUGGGAAAGGAUUCUCCCACCCUUAUUCCCCUGGUGGAAUGGGACAAUUGGACCUUAUUCAUGGACUCUGACUGAACUUUUAAUCCUGGUUUCCGAGCACACCGGAGUAGCACAGGUUGAUGUGAAACAUUUCAGUCCCGAGGACCUGCUGGUUAAAGUUGUUGGAGAUUAUGUUGUGGUUGAGGGAAAACACGAACAAAAAAGUCCUAGGAUGGUUCAGGACUGGUAACACGUC